CGCAUGGAUGAACAGGAGCGAGAGCACUGCGGAGGACAUGAGCAGCUAUUGGGGGAAAAGAGCACCAACUGCAAUGCAAACAAAAACAGCAAGCAACUUGGACAACAUCGGGGGGAUAUCAUGAACGGAACAUCUGUGCUGUUUGGGGAAAAUGGAGAAGUUUGACAUUGCGCUUUGUACGCAUUAUAUAGAAAGAUAACGAAUUUGCAUAAGAAGAAUUAUAAAGCAAGGCAGUUGAAGUCUGCGCAACGAAUGACACACACACACACACACACACACACACACUCACUGACUCACUGACUCACUGAAAGGUGACAAACGAGCUCACUUUGGUAUGGAGAUACGGGCUUGCCAGAAUGGAGUCUGAUCUCGGUGAUGCCGCAAACGUGUGGAAUAACGCGUCACUGGGACUGCACAGCGAGCUCCGCUCCCAUGCGUCGCCCAACAGCUCCAACUCGAGCACAGCCCCCGGACCUGGCAGCGCACACUUCAGCCUCGGUCGGGCGCUGCCUGUGGGCAUGGUUCUGGGCGCUUUUAUAGUGUUCGCAAUCGUAGGCAACAUCCUGGUGAUCCUCUCCGUGGUGUGCAACAGGCACCUGCGCAUUCCAACUAACUACUUCAUAAUCAACCUGGCCAUUGCGGAUCUGUUGCUUGGUACCACUGUGCUCCCGGUGUCCGCCACGCUAGAGAUUCUGAACUACUGGGUCUUCGGGAGGAUUUUCUGUGACAUUUGGGCUGCCGUAGAUGUCCUGUGUUGCACAGCGUCCAUCAUGAGCUUAUGCGUAAUAUCCAUCGACAGAUACAUCGGAGUACGUUACCCUUUGCAGUACCCGAGUAUUGUGACAGAGAAAAGAGCGCUCCUGGCCAUGCUGGGAGUUUGGGUACUUGCUCUGAUUAUAUCCAUCGGACCCUUGCUUGGCUGGAAAGAGCCACCUUCUGAGGAUGAAACCGUUUGUCCAAUAACAGAGGAGCCGUUUUAUGCGCUUUUUUCGUCUCUUGGCUCUUUUUACAUUCCCCUAGCUGUGAUUUUGGCCAUGUACUGCCGCGUUUACAUCGUCGCCAAAAGGACCACUAAGAAUCUCGAAGCUGGAGUGAUGAAGGAGCGCAAUGACUCCAGUGAGCUCACACUGCGAGUGCAUUACAAAGGCUCUCACAUCCAGGACGACUGCAGCAGCAGCACGGGCAAGGGCCAAAUGAGGAGCUCGCUCACUGUGAAAUUACUGAAGUUUUCUAGAGAAAAGAAAGCUGCCAAAACUCUUGGCGUUGUAGUAGGCAUGUUCAUCCUGUGCUGGUUACCGUUUUUCCUCGUACUGCCCAUCGGUGCCUUCAAUACCAACCUGCGUCCUCCAGAGACAUUUUUCAAGGUGAUCUUCUGGCUCGGCUACUUCAACAGCUGCCUGAACCCCAUCAUCUACCCAUGCACCAGCCGUGAGUUUAAACAGGGAUUUAUUCGCAUCCUGCGCUGUCAGUGUCAGCAGAGGAAGGGCUGGAGACCCUACAACUACCGAUCCCACAUGGGUCCCGCCAACCAGAUCUACAUGGACAACAGUUCAGUUUGCAUGAAUGGCAGUCACGCUUCUUCCAGCCCUCGGCUCUUCAGCAGAGUUACUGGCUCUCAUACAGCAUCGGGCCUCUUACCAGGCUGGAGUUCCUCCUCCACCUCUUUGUCUAGCACUUCAUUCCCUAGGAAGUUCAUUGCUAGCCCUGGACCAGUGUGUGAGAAUUUAGACAAAUCCAGCAGGAUGACUCUUCUUAUUCCUGAUGGGGCUCCAUUGAAAAAGCCCCAGCAUGCCAAUGGGCAGAAUGCUAAAGAAGAAGAAGAACCAGAGACAAAUUCCAGACUCACGCCUGAAAUUAAACUGUAAUUGGGUACAUGACAUCUAGUUUUCACACUAGUGCUCCAUUUUUGUUCCUUCUUUUUGUUUAUAUUGUGUACAUUUGACAUUCUUGUUGUAAUUUUAUAUUCUGCAUGUCAUUAUGAAGUUGCUCACAUCAGUGGCUAUUGGUAGAAUUAAGAGUGAAUAUUUGUGCAUUUUACUUAUCAUGGGUUUUACCACAUACACUUUGUCUAUUUGUGCUGUGAAAUUAUUAUUAAACAUUUUUAAAAUUAAAACUCAAGCCCCUUUCCAUAUAAUAAUAAUAAUAAUAAUAAUAAUAAUAAUAAUAAUAAUAAUAAUAAUAAUAAUCUCUAUUUGUAUGGAAUAUUUUUUGUUCAAAAGUGCUGUACAUAUUAAAGAUAAGCAUGUUGUAAUUCAGUCUGGUUUCAAGAAGCAUAGCAGUACAGAAUUUAGCACAUGCUAAUGUGGUCAAUGACUUGCUGCUUGCCUCAGAUAGUGGAUAUUCUUUAAUUUUGGGUACUGUUGGAAUGCAGCAUUUGACAGCAUUUACAAGGGAUGCAUCGACACUGAUAAAGGUAUUGGGUAUUGGUAUUGGGUAUAUUAUUUCAUCAAUAAUGUUGGCAAUCAAAGCAAAGCAGACUGCAGACGGUGCUCUGUGAAAGUAAUCAAGAGGAAGAUACUAUAGCAUCUUUCUAUAAUAAGUAACCUGAUAAAACAUCUUAAACAAAAAACUAAAAAAAUGAGGAGUUCAUCGCUAGCAACACACUGUAGAAAUCAAUGCUGGCUAGGCGGGAGAAAAUGUCUACAUACCACACUAGGUGAGUGAAAAUAACAGCCUUAUCCAGAAUGUUGUUCUUGAUGAUCAUUCACGAUUUGGUCCUUGACAAUGAAGGAUUCGGAUGCAAUGAAGACAAGGAAACGUAUUUUACUUACAGCUGUACAGAACACAAAUUAAACAAAACUAGAUCUUCUCUAUUGCAACCCUACUCAAACUAAGGUAACUUAUAAAGCUAGCUAAUACACUGCAUUUAAAAACAACUAACGUUAAAAAGAAUGAGCCUAGUGCAUGAUCAUGCACAUGUGAUCACUAUUAAAUCAGAUAAAACAUUAGCAGAGACACAUAACAUGUUCAGUGACACCCUUGACUGAUUAAUAUGAGUAUGUUGCUCAUUUCACUAUCGUUCUUGGUAUUGUCUAGUCCACACACACAAAAAACUUACUCGUAUCAUGGUAUUGACCAUGAUAUUUUGUUGGCCUACCGAUCGGAAGGUUGUGAGUUCGAACCCUAGCAAUGCCAAGCUGCCACUGUUGUGCCUUUGAGCAAGGCCCUUAUCCCUCAGCUGCUCAGAUGUAUAAAUGAGAUAAAUGUAAGUUUCUCUGGAUAAGGGCAUUUUCCAAAUGCCGUGAAUGCUGUAAAAUAUUUUUAUGGACAGGCUGAAAAACAUGCUCGGUUUAGACAGAUGAAUUCUUGCAUGGUUUAAUUCUAAUCUGACAACAUUUUACCAAUAUUAUUAGAGAUUCUUCAUAAUAAAUGCAGUAUGGUGUCUCACACGGUUUUGUUUUAGGCCUGCUAUUGUUCCCUUUUUGACAGGUACGUUGCAAAUAUUAUGUUGCCUUUCACUUCUGUGCUAUCCAUUGUAUAUAUUUACCCUAUUUAUAAUAAGCUGUGUUUGUCACUGUUAUUGUAGCAGUUGAUUAAAUAGAUUCAUUGUUUCACUGAAUUUCCUGGUAUCUUGUUUUUUACCUGUGCUUGGUGUGUAAAUGUGGCUAUGAAUUUGGGAACAUUAUGUGCUAUGUAACAGGGUUUACCAUGCUGGAGUGUUUAUUUGAUUUAAUAUAUACAGUAUAUUAUUUGGGGUUUUUUGUAAGAA